AUGGCGAGCUCACAUUACACAUCGCCACCUUCAUUUGAUGAUCGCACAAGCCUUACCGGCUCUUUGAACGAUUUUUCAGAUUCUGACAAACAGCAGUCUCCAGUGUUUGGCCUCCCAUCUCAACACUCAGGUUUCCGCGCAGGCGAACGGUCAGCUUCUGAACAUGAAGAGGACCCGGAAGAGGAUGUUGCUUCAGACGAAUCACCGUGGUCACCUCCAGCAUGGCGUCAACCCGCUUCUGCUGGUGGAUGGUACAGACACCAGCCAUAUUCCCAAGACGUGGAGAGAUUGAAGAGCAAAAGCGCCAGUAGAAGUAGGACAGGAAGCAGAGGGUUUAGCAACGAGCCAGAUGACGACGAAGAUAUUACGCUGGCUGCAAAAACUCCAUUACCGAGAGGCAGUACGAGUCCCGUGAGGGAGAGUUUGGCACGAGAGGCCGUCAGGAAUUCCAGAGUAAAUACUCCGCUGAGUACGCUACCUGCCCAACGAGAGGAUAUUGCAGAAGAGAAUGUGGAGCCUGUCUCGAAUGAGGGCCAUCCAAACAUUAUUCGCUUCUCCUUGCGAGCAGAUGUCCAGCAAAGAACGGAGCCCAUCGAUGCUGCAAUCACAUGGCUCCGAAAUUACUAUACUUCCGCACUGAGGUCAUGGGCCUCCCUGAUAUCAAACGUCCUGAUCAUCACUCUUGCAAUCUCAACCCUGCGCUUCCUCUUCAGAACACCCAUCCUACCAGCAACCCCCGACUUAGUGAAAGUAGCGGGUCUCGCCCGCUCCUUUGAACCCCUAGUCUUUUACUCAGAAACUGGAGUACGCCAGAUUGGUGAUCUUCAAGAAACCGGCGUUGCAGUAUGGGACCUAGGCGAAAGCGUUCGCUCCACUAAUAUGACUUCCGGGCCAAUCAUUGUGGAUGAACUUGACGAACUCAGCGAAUCCCUCAAAGGACUCUCCAUCGAGCUCACUAAAUUCUUCGCAAAUGUCGACGGCGACAUCGAUGGCAUCCUCAUUGUUAUGGACUGGGCGAAACGGGAGCUCGUAGCCCUUGACUCCCUCCCCAGCAAUUCCCUCUCUUAUGCCUUCGCAAACAUCCACUCCCUCCUCUCUAACGCCGGAAUUUUUGAAUCUCGCUCUACGGGCCUGCAAACCCCCCUUGGCAAAAUCUUCACUACCAUCUUCGGCACUACUAGCUCUCAGCGCACGCAUCAAACUUUACACCAUACCUUCAACGAAUUUCUUGAAGUGCUAGAACAAAGCAUCAACUCCGAGCUCAUCUACAGCACCGCCCUCUUCGCCCUCUUCGAGAACAUCGACCGCCAAUUCCUCAACCUUCAGCGCACGGUGAUCCGCGAAUUCGACACCCAAGAACGGCUAGAAUCCGAAUUCCUCUCCUCGCUAUGGACGAGAAUCAUCGGUGCCAACACCCGCGCGCUCCGCAAAUACGAGAAAAAUAAGAACCUCCUCGCAAGCGUGCGGGCUAAGACUACGCAGAAUAAAAGCUUGCUGGUCGAGCACAAUGGGAAGCUGCAGGCGCUGAAGGGGAAUCUGGAGGCGUUGAGAAGGAAGCUGAUGAGUCCGCUUGUCAGUCGCGUGGAAGGUGGGGGGAGGAUGUUGGGUGUGGAGGAGCAGAUAAAGGGGUUGGAUGGGACGUAUGAGCACUUAAGGCGCGUGAGAGAAAAGCAGAAGGAGAGGGUCUUGGAGGUGUGGUAUGGAGGGAGUAGGAGGGGUGCAUCGGUGGUGGGGAGGGAGGAGAUUGAUGGAUGA